AUGGCACGCGGACAAAGCAGCACCCAGCAGGUCAGCGAGACCUCCCCGGCCAAGGACAAGAGCAGCAACCCCAUGAGGGAGCUGCGCAUCCAGAAGCUCGUCCUCAACAUCUCCGUCGGCGAGUCUGGUGACAGACUCACCCGUGCUGCGAAGGUGCUGGAACAGUUGAGCGGUCAAACACCAGUCUACAGCAAGGCCCGCUACACCGUCCGAACUUUCGGUAUCCGUCGUAACGAGAAGAUCGCCGUGCACGUCACCGUCCGUGGCCCCAAGGCUGAGGAGAUUCUCGAGCGUGGCUUGAAGGUCAAGGAAUACGAGUUGAGGAAGCGGAACUUCUCCGAGACUGGCAACUUCGGCUUCGGUAUCAGCGAACACAUUGAUCUCGGCAUCAAGUACGACCCGGCGAUUGGUAUCUACGGAAUGGACUUCUACUGCUGCAUGACCCGCCCCGGCGAGCGCGUUGCCAAGCGCAGGAGGUGCAAGAGCAGGAUCGGUGCCUCCCACCGCAUCAACCAGGCCGAGACUGUCAAGUGGUACAAGAACAGGUUCGAGGGUAUCGUGCGAUAA